AGGAGGCGCUGCUCGCUCGAAUAACCUCACAUUCUCCAUUGUUUGUUGGUAAACAAAAAGGGUGGUUCCGCGAGAAAAUCGCUCUUUUCGCCAGUCGAUGGACUACAAUACCAACAAAUUGUGUCGCGUGUGUUUGGAGGAGGGUGUCCUCACGUCCAUCUUCAACACCGAAUUCUCCAUGACGCCCUCAGACAUGAUCCAGAUGUGUGCCAAAGUGAAGAUCUUCAAGAAUGACGGAAUGCCCGCGGUGAUUUGCAACAACUGCAUCUACCGACUGGGAGUGGCGUAUCACUUCAAGCAGCAGUGUGAGAACUCCGACAUUCGCCUGAGGCAGUAUUUGGGGCUCAUGGACAAGGCGUACGGCACGCGGGACGCCGAGGUGAACACAGACGUGCCCUAUCCACAGCUGAAGCCCAAGAAGGAGGAGCCACCGGAAGAGAAGAAGGUGAAGAAGUCGAAACCAAAGACGCAGCGCUAUAAGCGAAAGUUGCCCAGCGAGAGGAAGAAAAGGGGCCCCAAACCCACCCCCAAAGUCCCCCAAACGUGCUACGAGUGCAGCAAGACCUUCAAGUGUUCGGCCCAGCUGGAGAUGCACGUGCGCACGCACACAGGAGAGCGCCCCUUCGCCUGCAGCUACUGCCCGAGGCGCUUCGCCCAGAAGCACAAUCUGCAAAUCCACACCCGGACGCACACUGGCGAGAAGCCCUUCUGCUGUGAGAUCUGCAGCAAGCAGUUCUCGGCGCUGGGCAACUUCCAGGCGCACAAGAAGAUCCACACGGGCGUGCGCGACCAGAUCUGUCCCGUGUGCAACAAGGGAUUCAUCACGUCGGGCGAUUUGGCGCGCCACAUGAUCACUCACACGGGCAUCAAGAAUCACCACUGCGACACGUGCGGCAAGGCGUUCAGUCGCAACCGCGACAUGGUGGCGCACAAGAAGAAGAUCCACCUGAAUGAGCGAUCGGGGGAGAACUUCAAGUGUCCGGAGUGCCACAAGGUCUUCCCCACGGCUCUGAGUCUCAGCACGCACUUCCGCACGCACGGAAAUGCAUCCAUCGUGCAGACCUCGUCGCUGGUGGGAGCGCCUCCGCCCCCACCGCCGCCAAUAGCAGCGCCUACGGCCAUUGGAGGAAGUCUGGGACCGCCAGGACUGGGAAUAGGACUGCCACCGGCGGGCCUGGGAAUGUUAUCACACACGCAAGGGACUGAUCGCAAAGACUUUGAUCUUAUUGUUGUCGUCCAGUCGCAUGCGUUUCUGGCGUUGCUUCACAAAUUUCAGAAUCCUCUGACCUCUCACGAAGACUUUCAGCUCUUUUGUCCUCUCGGCGCCGCGUUUCUUCAGACUGACAAUGAAAUCAGCAAGAGAAGUGGGGCCUCCAGUGAUUUCCAGAUGAGUGAGCAGUGGACACUUCAUGACGAAGUGCAGGAGUCCUUCUUUAGUGAUGCAGCGCCUUAUGUUGUAAUUGUGGAGACAGUUCACAAUGGCAAGCAGCAGCGGCUCCUCCUCGCCAUCCAGUUCCAGCUCCUUCAUGCUGGUGUCCUGCGGGAACUUGGCAUCGUCCUCUCUGCCCUUGGCCGCAUCGAAGUCCUCGUCGUGACUGCUCAGCGGCCGGCUGUAGUUGGAGAGCGCCGAGGCGGCACGAUAAUUGCUCUCCGAGUCAUCGUUGGACUCGCCAGACUGAUACAGGCGACACUGCUCGAGAUACUCCGAAGGUAUGAAGGACUGCAGAUCCACGUCGUCCACAUUCCCAAAAUCCUGACUCUCCUCGUGAUCCUGCUGCGUCUCCACCAUUGUCAGCCACUGAGCGUUGUGAUUCCGGAACUUCUCCAGCUGCAGGAAAAAGAUAUCUUCAUCCGAGUCACUGAAGGCUAUGAUGUCCAGGCAGUGAUCGCAGACCUUCCUGAUCUCCGUAUUCUUGUCGUGCAUCAGAUCAAUCAAGUAGGCCGGCGAUUCUGUCUCUCUGAUCAUGUAGUUUCUGGUGCUCUCAUUUCGCAGAAUUUGCUGGAACACGAAGACAAUCUGCAGCACGAUCUCAUCGUCCUCCUGCUUCGCCUUCAGCAGCUCAAUCAGCGACAGGAUGACAUCCGCCUUGCACAGCAGCAUCGCACACGACUCGUCGCACGCGCACGUGCCCAGGAAGACGAUGGUGUCCAAGACAAUGUCGUCCUGCAUCUUUCCCGGCACCAACACUUGUCUGAUCCACUGAAUGAGAUUGAAGUUGUGCAGAAUCUGCGAGUAAUCGAGAUCAGGCAGCGCCAGAUUGCCCAGAAUGCCCAGGCAUUCCACCACAAAAGCCUCCUCUUCGCACUCCGUGAGGAUCUUCGCCAGAUCGCCCACAAAGUCCACAAAGUGGAUGCGCAGAUUUUCAUGCCGAUUGUUCUCAAUCAUGAGCUGCGCAUUGCGCUUGUUCAGCGCCAAAUUGAUGGCGAGCGCGAUCAAAUCCAUGUCGCACUUCUGAUUGAGAUUCAGCAGCAGCAUCCUCUUCACCUUGUCAUCCAUGCUCAUGUGGUAGAGAAUCUUGAGGACGAUGUCGUGAUGCUUAUCGUCACUGAGGAAAGUCACAAGUUUGGGCAGAAAUCCCACACGGAUCAUCUUCCCCCGCAAAGCGCCGUCAAACGACAGAUUGAAGAUCAACUUGAGCGUGACUUGAAUGAGAUCCGGAUGCGAACUCUGCAGAAGUCGUGGCAGUUUCUCCACCACAUUCAGCUCGUACAUCUCAUCCUUGUUGUCCUUCACAAUGGACAACUUCUUGAGGAAUGUCACCACGAGAAUGAGCAGAUCGAUGUUCUGCCGAUCGAGCACCUUCACCAGCAUCCUGAUGAUCAUCUUCUUGCGUAUCUUCUCCUCCAACUUCACAUUCUCCGCAAUAUUGAGCAGCAAAUAGAAGGCCACGCGCAGCAGUUGCUCCUGCUUCUUCGCGAAGAUCCUCAGCUGCUUGCUCAGCCUCUCCAGCUCCUCCUUCUGCACCUUGGCAUCCUUCUCCGCCUUCACGCCGCACUCCACCUCAUUGCUGAGGAAUUCGUGGUAGCUGUUGUUCAUCCCACGAGACCUUACCAUUGCCAGACUUUGGACGCUGCUUCAGCUCCGGAAUUCGCCUUCUCGGCGGCUCCAUGUCCUUCGGACGCUCCUCAUUCAUCAGAUCAAUGUUGUCGGCCGAUUCUGUGCUCUGCUGCGCCACCACCUGCUUCUCCGCCUUCCCAUCGUUACUCUUCCUCAUCUCCACGUCAUUCUUCAUCUGCUCAUAUCGCUUCAGCUCAUAGUCAAUCACAUCCAUGCACAGCGAUCCAAUCUUGUGAUUCACAAUCACCGGAUGAAAGUGCGUAUCAGACUAGAUAUUCACAGCGAAAAUCACAAUGUAAACAACUCCAGGAAUAUCUCAGGACAGGAAUCACCGUAAAUACUGAAAUCUCCAGGAUGCAGGAGAGCAGCAUUAAAUUCCUCUCGGACGCAGAGAAGGCCAUCGUCCUUAAGUACUUCUACAUGAACCCGGAAAUGGUGGAUAAGAGCAACUCAACUGACGUGCUGUUCACUGUUCUUGCCCAGGAAUUGAAUGUCUUCAGUGAGGAACUGCACGACAAAGGCUUCUGGCUGGAAUCAAUAGAGUUCUGGAAGGAGAACAUUCGGGAAAACUACUCAUAUGCCAAGAACAUCGGCAGUCUCGUUUCGUCUUAUGAGGAUCUUGAGUUACUGAUCCUCAUGAGAAACACCACGCUUGAGUCCAAGAUAACCGCUCGAGGGAGAGCUGAAGACGAUGCUCAGGACGCUAUAAAUUGCAGAACUUGCCUGAGUGCAGUGGAUCAGGGCGUGUCCUUGAGUCUCUUCACAUCCUUCGUGGACAAUCUCUCGCUGGGACAACUGCUGAACUCCUGUGCUGACAUCGCGCCGGUUGUGGAGCACGACGGCUUGCCCGAGAUGAUUUGCUUCAACUGCUCAAAGCUUCUAAGGUGUAUUUACAACUUUAAGGUCAUGUGCGAGCACAGCGACCGGCAAAUAAGGAGCACGCUCUCUUCCGCGAAGAGGCCUGAAGGGUCUGAAGAGCCUGAGUUGGAGGGAAAUGUUCCGGAUCUGUUUGAGGAUGACACAGUGUCUGUUUACCAGGUGGAUUAUCCGUAUGAAGAGGAUUUCAAGGAGUUGGAAGACUCUCUAUCUGCCCCAGCGCCGCACGAGGACUCCUUAGUCGUCCAGGCGGGGAUGAAAGCGCCAGAAUCUGGUCAGCCGGAGAUACUGAGGAAGACAAAGCGACAGAAGAGACCACCUGAUCGACACCAGAAGGCGAGCUUCUCAAACGAUCGGCCUCACGCGUGCGAAUACUGCGAGAAGACUUUCCGCACGAGACUGGCGCUGAAGAUCCACAUCAGAUCGCACACGGGCGAGCGUCCGUACGUGUGUGAGACGUGCGGCAAGGGUUUCAAGACCAUCAGCUCCAUCAACAACCAUCGCGCCAUUCACCUGUCGGAGCGCCAAUUCCAGUGCCCGCAUUGCGAAUAUCGCGCCAGCACGAAGGCCAACCUCAAGAUCCACCAUCGCACGCACACGGGCGUGAAGCCGUACACGUGUCACCACUGCGGCUCCGCCUUCAUGACCGCCAGCAACAUGCAGAAGCACAUCCGGAACAUCCACAAGAAGCUAAAGACGCACAAGUGCUUCGAGUGCGGACGCGGUUUCUUCACGAAGGAGAGCGCAACGAAGCACGCCGUCACACACACGGGCGUGAAGCCGUACAAGUGCCCCGAGUGCACGCUGGCGUAUGGAUGGUACAACGGCUUGCAGAAGCACAUGCGGAUCCAGCACAAGGGCGCUAGAGUUCCAAAGGAGAAGACCUUCCUCGAGGCGAUGCAGGGCAUUCGGGAAGAGCAGGAGGAGGCGCCUAAGAAGUGAAAUCCAGUAACAAAUAUUCCGUUGAGGAAAGAUUGGUUUAAUUAAAAGAAAAUGCAAGAUAAUU